CUUGAAUUAAACAUCCGUUCAUGAAACUCGCAUUGUAAGAAAGAUGAGCAUGAUUGCAAAUAAGGGUUUUAAGCAAGCCCCAGUAUGCAAGUUCCUGCUGGGCUCAGCCAUUGGCUCCUCCUUGCUCCUACAGCUGCCCCUGAAGCAAUUUCAGGGAUAUUUUAUCUACACUCACACCAGCCUUUUCGACAAGGGACAGGUAUGGCGAAUUCUGACAUCAAAGCUUGCAUUUCUGGACCUGAAGGACCUGUUUGUCUGCUCCCUGCUGAUCUACUAUUUUCGAGUGUUUGAGAAACGCUUUGGAUCAAGGAAAUUCUCUUCGUAUUUGCUUGGCUCAGCACUGGUGUCUACCAUUCUUGAGGUUCUGGCAGUGUAUGCUUGCAGGACCUUGGAAAUACCCAUAGGACCUCUGCCUACUGGACCGUUAUGCCUGAUCUACCCAAUGUUUGUACCGUUCUACUGUGACAUUCCCCGUGUGCCUCUCUCUCACAUCUGGGGUGUCCCGAUGACGGGGAAAUCCAUAUCGUACAUCCUCGGUCUACAGGCCGCUAGCAGCUCACCGGGGUCGAUGGUGGUCGCAAUAUGUGGACUUCUUGGUGGAAUACUAUGGCGAUGCAACCUUUGUAAAAUUCAAUCCCUAGUGAAGAUACCCGGGUUUAUUGGGCGUUUUUGUCAAGCCACAUUUGGGAGAUUGCUUGGAGAGGGGGAAAAUACACACAUGGACACCACACAGAUUGGGGCAACCAUAGAAAUUCAGAGGCAGGAGAUGACAGAACGUCUUGAACAGCAGGUGAUCUGGCAAUCUGUACAGCAACAACUACAACAGACCCCCCGAGCUGCAGCUCAGAACUUGGUCAAUGGUCCAGGGAUAUUUGGCGCUAUAAAUAACAACAGAGAUGGUGGGGUUAGGUACAGAAAUCUGGAAGAAAAUGUGCAAGGACAAGAGCCAGCAGUGGUCUCAGAGGAUCAGGUUCGCCAGCUUGUAGAGAUGGGUUUCCUUGACAACCAAGUGAGAAAUGCCCUGCGUGUUGCAAACAAUGACAUUGCCAUGGCAACUAAUAUCCUGCUUCAGAACAGUUGAGAUUGGCUGCUCGCUAAGUGUGGCCGUGUUAAAUUUGGAAAAAAGGAGGUUUUCAGCUACAUUGGAUUAUAUAUAGAUCUAGAGAUUACAUAAAGGUUGGGAAUGAGCUAUACAGUAAUGUAAUUGAGCUAUGUAUUGAUCGUUGAAAUGUUGGAAAAGAUUUGUACAGCUCUGUAUUUGAUUAUUUAAACAUUGAAAAUGAUAUAUUCAGCUCUGUAUUUGAUUUUCGAAAUGUUGAAAAGAUCUAUACAGAUCUGUAUUUAAUUGUUGAAAUGUUGGAAAGAUCUACCGGUAUACAGCUCUGUAUUAGAUUGUUAGAAUUGUCAAAACAGCUAUUCAGCGACUUGAAAUGUGCAUGUCAUUUUUAAAGAUAGAUUUGAUUGAUGAAAUGUAAUAACAGUCUAUUGAGCUAUUUAAGGAUGGAUUUGAUUGAUGAAAUGUAAUAACAGUUUAUGGAGCUAUUAAAGGAUGGAUUUGAUUGAUGAAAUGAAAUAACAGUCUAUGUGCUAUUUAAGGAUGGUUUUGAUUGAUGAAAUGUAAUAACAGUCUAUUGUGCUAUUUAAGGAUGGAUUUGAUUGAUGAAAUGUAAUAACAGUCUGUUGUGCUAUUUAAGGAUGGAUUUGAUUGAUGAAAUGUUAUAACAGUCUGUUGUGCUAUUUAAGGAUAGAUUUGAUGGAUGAAAUGUUAUAACAGACUGUUGUGCUAUUUCAGGAUUUAUUGCAUAUUUUCUUGCGUCUAUGCUGUAUGAAGGAAGUAGUGCCACAUGAGCUAAUUUUUAAUUUGCUCGCGUGCCCUUUUGGUUCAUACAGCAUAGACGCAAGAAUGAAUGCAAUCAAUACUUACAUUUGCAUUUUAAAUAAUUAUUCAUUAUCAUUAAAAAUAAACAGUAUCUUCUGCAAUUGAGUAUUUUUUAUCAUGGAAUGUACCGGUAACUGACAACAUACGUCUGUAUAUAAGAAUAGCUGAUAUUUGUAGAGUUGUAUAUCAUUGGUUAAAUGGUGUCGCUUUAAUCCAAUCCGAGCGCAUUAAUAUUGAAGUAAAUAAUGACGUCAUAAUUCUUUGCGUGUUAUACAAUAUGAAUGUAAAGUUUUAUCUUUACGAAUGACUAGGCAAAUGUAAAUAUAUGUAUUUGGUGCACAUGUUAAUAAUGAUAAUACUCGUAUGACAAUACACAUGUUUGUGAAGCUAGUCCCAUCUGUCAUUCUGGUUUAGACAUCUGAUGAGUUACUCUUCUCAUUCAACUGAGUGAAGCAUAUGAGGGCACGCAUCGCAGUUCUUCAAUUAAUGUGCUCUUUAGGGCUAUUCCAUUUAAAUGUAUAACCAAUGGGGGGAAUGCACUUUUAAAUUAUCCCACCCUCAUACAAAAGCAAAUUAUCCCUUUUGGGGUCCAAAUUAGUAUAAAAAGACGCCCACCCAUACACUAUUACAAUAAUUUCCUUCCCCCGGGGGGUUAUAUGUUUUACUGGAAUAGCCCUUAACCAUAAUAAUUCAGCCAUACUGCACAAUUUUGGGCCCUCUGACCCAACUAUUAUAAUUAAAAUAGUCAUUAUGAAAAAAAAUCCAUAAAGGUUCUUUGUUAGUAUACAAACUGAAAUGAUAAGCUAGUUGGAACAAUAAUACGUUAAUUGUGUGUGCAAUAACAUUACAGUACUUCUUUAAUGAUCUUGUGUAUUUGACCUCAAAGUUAGCAUAGAAAAAGGGCAAUUUGUAAACGAGUAUUUUUUGCAAUUUUUAAAAAUUCUUCAUGAAUAUUUGGGUAUUGCAUCCUGAAAUGUCUUUACUUUAACAUCAAAUAAAUUUAUUUAAGGCAAAUGUAUAUCUGAAGGCCUAUAAUUGUGCGAAGCAGCUCAUGUAUAAGUGUGUGAAUUUUUAAAUUACCUGUGAUACAUAACAUAGUGCUAAUAAAUGUUUUAUUUUUGUUAGAUUUAGGUUCAUCUAUUUUAAAAACUGAUGAACUAUUGGCGUUAAGGAGACUUUUGAGCUGAUUAUUCAGAACUUUGUUCAAGUUAACAACGUUGAAAACUGCAUUGUUGUUAACUUGAAAAGGUGAACUAUUUUAUGAAGUGCUCAUGUAUUUGCAGAGAACAAGUACAACUGUAGCAGUUGUCUCAAAUCUGGUUAGAAAUACUGCUGGGGUCGUAGUUAAUAAGCAUUUUAGUGAAUAUUUUUAACUUAGUGAGAAUUUCCUAAUUUUUUGACAACGAUUAUUUUAAAUACCCGCUACUUUUCAUCAGAUUUAUUCAUAUGCAUACUUAUAUUGUUUAGACCAUUUCUUGUUAUUUUCAUGUUUUUGGAGUACAAACAUUGUUAGUUUUCUUAUAAUUCAAAUUAGAAAAAAGGCAAUUUUCACUAAGUUGCAAAUUUUCACUAAGAUGCAUAUUGAAUACGGCCCCUGAUCACAAGUGUAUCCAUUACUCUUGCAAAGCAGUAACAAUUUGAAAGUUAACAAAGUACUGAACAAUUGUUCAAGUCUUGAUUUAAAAAAUAUAUCAUAAUAAGGAGAUGCAACUUGUGAUUUUGGUCCAUUUACUGGGUCCUGUUUCGGCCAUCAACUUCCAAGAAAUGCAACAACUUAGCCUUCAAUUUUAACUUGUAAAUUUAUCCAAAAAAAAUAAUUUCCAAGUGUUUGGCUUGAUUUUUCUUGCAUAAAUGUCAACAUGUCAAUAAUUAGCAUGAACAAUAGAAAUUUAAACUAGCUAAUGUCAACUUGUUGUACUCCAUAAUUGGUCGACAAGUUGACGUUUGUGAAAGUGAAAAUUUAAUUUCAACUUGUUGCCUGCCUGUUAAGUCGACAUGUUGAUGGCAGAAACAGGAUUCCAUACACAUUUAGCAUGUUUCUGAAAAAUUUCAACUCUUAUUAUUUUUUUGUCAGUCAGGAUUUUUUUAAAUGUUUUUUGGCAAGAAAUUUGAAACUGAAUUAAUAAAGAAGGAUGAUUUAAAGUACAUAAGUUCACCCACUAAACAUGGAGAGAAAUUCACAUCAUAAUUGUCUUGAAACUAUUUGGUACCUAGUGAAGCGAAAAUAAAUGGAUUAUUGUUUAUGAACAUACAUAUAAUGUUAGUACAUUUAUUAAAA